AUGAAGACUAACACACACUUAUCUGGUUAUGACAUAAUCAGGCAGCGCCAGGUGGAUAUGGUAGCGGAGGUGGAGGUGGAGGUGGAGGCGGAAGUGGAGGUGGCUAUGGCGGCGGACAAGGUGGAGGCUAUGGAAGCGGCGGUGGUGGUGGCUUCGGAGGAGGUAGUGGAGGUGGCGGCGGCUUUGGCGGUGGCAAAGGAGGCGGUGGUGGACUUGGCGGUGGCAAUGGAGGAAGCAUUGGAGGUGGCAGCGGAUUUAGCGGUGGCAAAGGAGGCGGCUCUGGACUUGGUGGUGGCAACGGAGGAGGCAUUGGAGGUGGCGGCGGCUAUGGCGGUGGCAAAGGAGGCGGUGGUGGAUUUGGCGGUGGCAACGGAGGAGGCAUCGGAGGUGGCGGCGGCUUUGACGGUGGCAACGGUGGCGGUGGUGGACAUAGCGGUGGUGGAUAUGGUAGUGGUGGACAUGGCGGCGGAAGCGGUAGCUUGGGCGGUGGACAUGGCGGCGGAAGCGGUGGUAUCGGCGGUGGAUACGGUGGUGCCAAAGCCCAUUCCAGUGCCAGUGCCAGUGCGGGAGGGGGUGGUUACGGCGGACAUAAUGGUGGAUACGGACGCUAAGUCA